AUGAAAAUUAUUGUUUUAGUUUUAUUAAUUUUGGGAUGUUCUCAAUUAAUUAAUUCUCAAGAAGUCCCAAGUGAUUCAAUUCUUUUUCAACAAUUUAUAAAUUGGAUGGAUAAUUAUGGAAUUUUUUAUACUUCUGGUGAUAUGCAAUCAAAAUUCAAAUCUUGGAAAUCAAAUGUAUUAGAAAUUGCAAGUUUAAAUUCAAACCUUAAUGUUCCAGAUGUACUCUAUACUGUAACUGAAACACCAGUAUCCAAUUUAAGAACACUUUUAGAUGCUGAACCAACAAUUGUUGAAUCAUAUCCAGGUCAAGAUAUUCAACAAUUUGAAGUUAAUCAAUUUUCAGAUUUAACAGCAUCAGAGUUUAGUAAUAUUUAUGCCGGUGCAGAUGCAUCAUUAGCUAUUUCUGAAGUAGCAGCAUCAACUUUAUCAACUGGUGCCAUUGUUGGUAUUGCAGUUGGUGGUAGUGUUGCACUUAUUGGAGCUACUGCUGCAACUGUUUUAAUUGUUAAAAAGAAGAGACAAAACAAAAAACCACAAGUUUCUGAACCAAUUGCAACAACUCAAGAUGUUAAAAUGAAACCAACCAAUGGUAUAGAUCUUUUAAAUCGUACUGAAAAUCAACAUAGAUCAAUCACUGCAAGAGCAUUCUAUUCUUAA